AAUAUAUAGUCUUGUUUUUAUUUUGAAAUCGGUGACAGUGUGAGUGACAUCUUCUUACGUUGUUGUAGUACUAGAUCUAGAUCUAGCUCUAGUAUAGGAGUCUUUUGGUCUCAGUGCUGACUUGUAGCUGAAUAAUAAUUUAUGAAGCCCCAUAUCAGUGGUACAAAGUGCACUGUACCUAGAAGUUCACAUUUUUUAGUUUUCUUUUAUUGCCAGAUCAACACCAAACUGCAUUUACUUUUACUGUUUGAAAAACGAGAAUGAUAUUUCUUGACUUGUGACAAGAUCUGGCUCGGUGAAGGCAGUUUUAGUGUGUAGACUCUGUAAACCAAACACCAACGAGAAGAAACGGGCAAUUUUGUUGUUGCUGCCGAUUCCUAGUACUUGUGUAUAAUCUCAGGCUUUGACAUUAUCUGGUUUGGAUUUCAUCUGUUUCACAAGCUUAAAAUCUUUAAAAUGGGAAAGCCUGUUAACAGAAUUAACGGAUCCCGAAAAAACAAUACAGCUACUGCUGCAACUUCUCAACUUUGUGAACGCAAAGUGAAGGAUCCAGAUGGAGUACAUAUUACUAAAGAUGAAGGUGUACAGCAAAUAAACAGUUAUGAACUCAAUUCGAAUGUGACACUGCUGGCACUAGCAGUCUUUUUCGUUACAAUAGUGGUUUAUGUUCAGACUCUGCAUCCUUCCCUUUCUGGUGGAGACUCAGGUGAACUAAUUGUUGCUGCUCAUGAAGUUGGGGUGGCACAUCCCCCAGGCUACCCGUUGUUCACGAUGUGGGCAAAGCUCUUUAUGACCAUCAUUCCUGUGGGCUCAGUGGUAUGGAGAGUAAAUUUCUCAUCUGCUGUUUGUGGCGCUGGGUGCAGCAGCUUUCUUUUUCUCACAAUAUACAGAAUGACAAAGAGUCGGGGAGCUGGUCUAUUUGGAGCUUUCCUGUUUGCAUUCAGUCGUCUGGUGUGGACAUGGUCUAUAUGUGCGGAAGUCUUUGCCUUGAAUAAUCUCCUGGUGUCCAUGCUGUUGUUUACGGCAGUGAUAUUUGACACCUGUCAGAAGGAGUCUUUAAGUAAGGUGUGUAUGUGGGGUGCAUUCCUCAGUGGUUUGUGCCUAGCCAACCAGCACACAAGUGUCUUGUACAUUAUCAUCAUUGUACCAUGGGUCAUCUUCCAGUUGUGGACCUUUGGUGAACUGUCUAUGUGGCUACUCCUGAGGUCUGCGUGUUGCUUCAGCCUUGGUGUGCUACCCUAUGUAUACCUGCCCUUAUCGUCAGCCCUCAACAUAGCCCGUUGGACAUGGGGAGACCAAAGCUCUGUCUGGGGCUUUCUCACUCAUCUGCUGCGCCGGGAAUACGGCACUCUGGAUCUGCUCAAGGAUCACGAAGGACAGGGUUUUGUCUCAGGACUUCAGGCAUAUUUGGAGCAUGCAUGGACUGAUCUCACCCAGUUAGUGUGUGUGCUGCUAGUUUUGUCUGUGCUUACCACGUACUUGAGGUGUAGACGUGGUCAGUUUGUGAGGGUGCUGCUCGUGUUCUAUUUGAUGCUGCUGCUGUACCUGGGCUUUUUUUGCUGGCGUGCAAAUCUGGAUAUAAAUAAACCACUCUUCUUCAGAGUAGUUGAGAGAUUCUGGCUUCAGAGUGAUCUACUUGUUUGUGUUUUAGCUGCUGUAUGUUAUGGCGAUGUUUUCGGAUAUGUUUCAGAGCGCUUUGAUUUUGGGAAGCAAAAGUUUGAGCUGGCACUUGCUGUGAUAAUGAUCGCUUUUCAACUGAACAGAUGGUGGCAUGUGUGUGAUCAAUCAAAGAACAUGGUUGUCCAUGAUUUUGCAAAGCAAACUCUUGCAAGCUUUCCAAACGGCUCCAUAGUUUUGACCAAAGGGGACCUACCUUCAAAUAGCUUACGGUACUUCCACUUGUGUGAGAAUGUCCGUCCUGACCUUACUGUGUUUGAUCAAGAGGUUUUGACGUAUGAGUGGUCACUUCAGAUGACAAGAAAGUUCUACCCCAACCUAGUGUUUCCUGGGGAUCAAUGGCAGCCAUACUCUGGAAAAACUCCUGAUGGCCGGAAAGCUUUCACUUUCAGAGAUCUCAUACAUGCUAAUUACAGAGAACGCCCAAUCUAUGCUUGUAUAGGCGUUCAAGAGCACGAGCGGUCGUGGCAAACUGCUUACUCCCUCUGGCCGUUUGGGGUGUGCUCUAAACUGGUGAAGAAAGACAAGGCACUGGUUGUGGAGGAAUGGGCCAAAGCAACGGAUGCCAUGGGACAACAGUGGAGCUAUCAGUUGAGCCUAGUGGAUGAUGGAUCUUGGGAGCAUGUGGCAAACUCAGAGAUGUGGCGAGGACGGACAGCAACGGCUUUCUUUUUCUUGGAGCUGGCAAUGGAGCUGUCGCAGAAAACAAAAGAAGCGACGUCACUGCUGCUUAAGUCAUAUGAAAUUUAUAGCAGAGAGUUGGCCAGACAUAAGGAGUGCCCUGCCUACUGGCACAGGAACUUUGCCAUUGUGUGUGAGCACCUGUCCAGGAGGGACACCCCCCUCACCCAGCGGGACCUUUUGCAAAAGACAGUCCGUCACUUCACAGAGUAUCUGCGCCUAGAACCAAUCAACCCCGAUCAUGAGAAAAUACAGAAUGCCGUGGACACUUUGCAAAACUAUCUCGACAGUACCGCUACUGAGAAAUAAUUAUGUGGUUGUUACUCCACACCAACAAUUCCGAACCUGUGUCAAAUGCAAGUAAAGAUGCUGCUGAUUGUGCCCAGAAAUUUUGGGGCAGAGUCUGAAAUUGUUGCUGUAAGCGUGAAAGUGAACGUGUAAGGCAUAUUCUGUAAUGUUUGACUGAAAAAUGCUUGCCCUUGUAAAUUGAAUUUAUCAGGACCAAUAAAAUUGAUUUUUUUUUUUACUCCGAGCGA